GCCGUAUGCACACAUGUGCUGUUAUAUUCCCGCGUUGACACGUCGCGAGUUAUCCGGUUUGCCCCUAAAAUGUUAUCACACGCUAGUGUACAGUUGCGGGAGUAAAGAUAACACAUAGCUUAUCAUUGGUGUUAUUGAAUUAUUUGGAUUAGCCACCGAACACAGAGCAUCGUAAAAGGAUGAAAGUUCCGAGAAUAUUCCGACAAAUUAAACAUUCCGCUUAUCGCAAGGUCCGCAAAGCCACCAUCGGCGCAUGGGCGCUCAAGCUGCUGUUUGUGUUCUCGUGCAUGAUCAUCACCGUGGUGCUCAUCAUCCACAAGUACCAGAGUCUUUCGAAUUUCAAAAAUAGCCUCUACUACCGCUACGCAAGUGACGGGUCAUUUUUCGAUGGCAGUCCCCGGAACGCCGAUCGUGUGCUGAUCGACUGGCAUGACUAUGCGUUUAUCGAGAGCGAGCAGCAACGGCUCGGCCCGGGGGAACACGGGAAACCAGUGAAGCUGCAAAAGCCUGAAGACAUCAAACUGAAUAAAAAGCUCUACAAAGAAAAUGGUUAUUCGGCUGUGAUCAGCGAUUUGAUCGCACUGAACCGCUCCGUUCCGGACAUUCGACAUCCCCAGUGUCGGAAAAAACGCUACCUCCAAGAACUGCCGAAUGUUAGUGUGAUCAUCAUUUUCUACAACGAACACUGGAGCACGCUUCUUCGAACAGUUUACAGUGUGUUGAACCGAUCGCCUCCACACCUGCUAAAGGAGAUAAUAUUGAUCAAUGAUCAUAGUUCAAAAAAAUUUCUUUGGGCACCUCUCCAGGAUUUUGUUGAAAACGAGCUUGCUCCCAAAGUCAAACUGAUCAACCUGCCGGAACGAUCGGGUUUGAUCAUUGCGAGAUUGGCAGGAGCAAAAGCUGCCACUGGGGAUGUACUGAUCGUACUGGAUUCACAUACCGAAGUUAAUACCAACUGGCUACCUCCUUUGCUAGAACCGAUCGCCGAGGACUACCGUACAGCAGUGUGUCCGUUUAUUGAUGUGAUAGUUCACGAUACGUUCGAGUAUCGCUCACAAGACGAGGGAAAGCGAGGUGCUUUUGACUGGAAAUUCUACUAUAAGCGUCUUCCGCUGCGACCGGGAGAUCUGAGCGAUCCCACAAAACCGUUCGAAAGCCCGGUGAUGGCCGGUGGGCUUUUUGCAAUUAGCGCAAAAUUCUUCUGGGAGCUUGGCGGGUAUGAUGAGGGAUUGGAUAUCUGGGGUGGGGAGCAGUACGAACUGAGUUUCAAGAUAUGGCAAUGCGGAGGUAGGAUGGUGGAUGCACCCUGUUCACGUGUUGGUCACGUCUAUCGAGGCUAUUCGCCGUUCCCUAAUCCAAGGGGGGUCAACUUUGUUACCAGAAACUUUAAACGUGUGGCCGAGGUGUGGAUGGACGAGUACAAACAGUUUCUUUAUGAGCGAAAUCCUCAAUUCGAUAAAAUAGACGCUGGUGAUCUGACUGAACAGAAGGCUUUGCGUGAAAGGCUACAGUGCAAACCUUUCAAGUGGUUUUUAGAGGACGUAGCACCGGAUCUGUUGGUACGGUAUCCGUUGCGUGAUCCACUACCUUUCGCAUCCGGACGAGUUCAGAGUCUAGCUAAUACCAACUACUGUCUGGACACGUUGAACCACAAGGCAAAAGAACCAAUAGGAGUUUUCGGCUGUGCCAGUAACAAAACUCAUCCACAGAAUAACCAGUUCUUUACGCUGACUUAUUAUCGUGAUAUCCGAGCGGCCAGUGUAGAAAAAUGCCUGGACGCUUCCAGUGAUGAUUCGGAUGUGAUUCUAUUCAACUGUCACGAAUCACAGGGAAAUCAGCUGUGGCAGUACGAUUUUGAAAACAAACUAAUCGUUCACGGGAAGCCAACCCGGAAUCAGUGCCUAGACCUCGUCGGUAAAAGGGUUGUCGUUGCCAGGUGUGAUCAUAGGAAACAAACCCAGCGGUGGGAGUGGGGAUUCGUUAAUGUUACCAACCUGAGAAAUUGGGAAUACUACGGAGCGAAGUUGAUACAGUGAAAUGCUAAUAAAUUUUGCCAGUUAUUCACUAACGAAAA